AUGGAAGAGGAACAGAUAUCCAGGGAUUGGUCGAGUGCAGAAGAACGCAAGGUGAAGUUGAAGUACUGCACAUUUACUGAUCUAUUGAUGGCUCGCAUUGACAUCCUGGUUGACAGGUUGGACAUCGUGCUCAUCACCACACUCAUGCUCGGGUUCUUUGCUCUUCAACUUGACAAAACCAACAUCAGCAGCGCUAUAACGACCGACUUCAUUCAUGAUAUCGAAAUCACAAAUAACAUCGUCAACAGCGGGAACCAGCUUUCACUUGCCGCCAUCGUUAUUUUCGAAAUUCCAUCCAACAUGAUAUUGUCCAGGCUUGGUGCUCCUUUGUGGUUGACUAUCGAAUGUCUUGCGUGGGGCCUAGUCGCUACCUUCCAAGCUUUCAUAACGAACAAAGCAUCCUUUUUCGCCACUCGUUUUCUGCUCGGAACCUUCGAAGCUGGGUAUUUGGCCGGAUCUCUAGUCGUCAUCGGUAUGUUUUAUACCAAGACGGAGGUGGCAAUGAGAAUGACUGCGCUAUACACCGCCAAUUAUCUUGCUGCUGGAACAAGUACUCUCAUUGCGGCGGGCGUGUUUAAGAUGGACCGUCUGGGUGGCUUUCACGAUUGGCAGUGGCUGUUCGUUAUCGACGGAGGUUUUACGAUCAUCGUCGCUCUACUUUUUGUGUUUCUCCUACCGAAAAGCCCAAGAUGGACGCGGCCCGUGGUUGGCAUUGCCGCCUUCGAUAUCUUCACCCAACGCGAACGGGAGAUCAUGACUCGUCGCAUCGCACUCGAAGACACGAGUCGAUCAGCCGAGCUAUCCCCCAUCAACCCGCGAGAGGCUCUCCGAGCACUCUGCACCAACUAUUGCAUAUGGCUACACUCGCUCGUGGCUUUGAUCUCCCUUGUUCCCAAAGGUGGACUCCUGCUCUAUGCACCUACAAUAAUCAAGAACCUCGGCUUCGACAAGAUCACCGCUAACUUGCUAGCUUCGGUAUCAAAUUACGCUCUCAUCUUACUCUCGGUCUUCGCGGCGCGAAUAUCAGAUUGGUUGCAGCUUCGAGGUCCGGUGUGUGGGGCCUGCACGAUUUACGCACUUGUAUUUGCCGGCGUGCAAUAUUCCAUGGUUCUAAGCACGGACAAAUGGGGCAAAUAUGCUGUUUUCGUCAUGUUCAUGGCGGGUAACGCGACAUUCCAGGGAGUAAAUAGUGCAUGGCUUGCUUCUAAUGUCAAGAACCCGAAGGAUCUUGCAGUUGGCCAAGCUCUCAUUGUUAUGGCAGCUAAUUUGGGUGGUCUCGCCGGACAACAACUCUUUCGAGACGACGAUGCACCGAGGUAUACACGUGGUUUCUUAGGCAUCAUCGGUCUGUACUCGGGAACAAUGGUGUUGGUUAUGGGCCUCACCAUGCUGUACUGGUUUAGGAAUCGGAAAGCCCGUGAUUGCGAUUGCAGAGGCAAUGUAGCAUUGGGGGGAGAAAAAGAGGUGAAUUCGAGAAGAUUUCAGAUUUGA